AUGACAGGAAACCCCCUGCAUGACCACAUCCAUGACCAAGUCGUUCCCCGAGUGGCGGUUGCAAAGGUUUUGUGUACCGCGCCCCCUUUCCUUCUUUCGACACGGACGUUGCACACUCCCAAAUGGUUUUUGUCGACUACUCGUACUACUAGCAAAAGGCCCCAAGGUGUGGUCAUCCAUAUAGCUAUGGGUCCUGCUGGUGAUCAUGAAAGAGUGGCCAUCAUGGCCAAGAAGAAGAAACUACCCACAUCUUUCCCACCACACACACGCUGGGCAGUGUGGGACACAACCGUGUUCAUAGAGGGCAUGGGUAGCUUGAGGUUCAUCCUGGUGUCCAAUGAGGCAGAGGUCUGGAAGGCUGGUGGCGGCCAGAACUUGAUGGUGGUCAACCAGGUGGCAGAGGAGGUGCAGAAGCAGGCCACCCCCCUUCUGAAGAGGGUUGUCCAUGGGUGGUUGAAAGAGCGCCCACAUCUAAAGCAAUAUACAACCAACGACAGCAUGCUCCUUUGCAGGCUGAAGGCCAUCAAAGCCAUACACAGCUCAACACCUUCAGUGAAGCUGGCAAGCUGCACAGCCAUGGCCAAAGCUUUGCGCCGGAGUGCAGAGCUUGCUCCGGUGGCUUCUGCAAUCAAGGAGCUUAAACUGAAGCGGCCGCCAUUGAGUGCCACAAGUCCAAGAAAUGACACCUGUACAACUGGCCAAGGCCACUGCAUUCGAGCGGCUGCAGCCCCCAGGGAAGCGCUCUACCGAUUCGGCCAGCUGGCGGACUUUUUCCUCGGGUACUUCGAAAACCUCGCGCUGUCGAUGGCUUUGCCUUUCUUGGCACUGACGCGACUAGCUCCGUGCAGCCUUCCUUUGUUCCUGGAUGGGGCUUACGUGGCGUGGUCCCUCUUCGCACUGGCGGCCUCGGCCUUCAGGGGGGUCCGCUUUCCUUGGUUGGAUUGUCGGCUCCAUCUCUCGAGUCUCCGCCUUUGGCGCCUUCUGAGUUCUUUCUUGGCCCUGGGGUUGUCACCGGCGCCGCCGCCGGAUCCGCUGGGCCCCCCGUUAGCCGGCCUUUCCCGCUGGGCGUUCCUGCCCAGCCGCGGAUCAAGAAGCGUCUUACCAGCGGGGUCUGGCCGCGGCCAACCAGAUGCUCCUUGGUGCCCUAGCCUCUUCUACGGUGUCCCGCCAGGAUGGUGCCGUCACCGAGUUCCUGAGUGGCUUUCAGCCAUGGUCGUGGUCGGGACUGUGGGAAUUGUGCUGAUUGUGCGGUUGGGGCAUCACUCCAAGCGGUAG